ACAAAAGCUUAAUUGAAAUGGUUGAGACUUUGCUUUGCCAGAGAAAGAGGGAGGGAGAGGCGUGAGGUUGGUGACCUGUUUGGUUUAAAACGCAGACGAAACCUUUUUCAUCUUCUUCUUCUUCUUCAUAUUUAUCUCUCUUUAAAAUUGAUCAAACCAAAACCCUAAAAUUCAAAUAUUGUGAUGCAUGUUAAAGCUAUACGUCCCAUAUUUGCUCCCAAGCCCUAGCUAGCUCUGAGUUUCCACAUAAACAAUAUAAACGCGAUCUAACUCACACGUAUAGCAAUCACACACAGCCCAGAGGAAAAAUAUUAACAUAGAAUUCAAGAAUGGAUAGUCUCUGUUUGAAAGCAGGGAUUCACGGGAUGACGUCACCAAUUGCCGUCGGCGGCGGAAGUCUUGAGCUCCGUACGAACCCGUCUCAUAUUACCGCCUCCGUUGGCCGGACGGCGUCCUCAAACGGGAUUUCGGUGGAGAAGCCAACUGUCUCAUCUGCGGCGCCGCCUUCUCAGAGGACGUCGUCCCAGGGAUUCUUUUUCAAGUACCCUCUCAGAUCUCUGUGGCCCGGAGGUAGCAAAAGGUACGACGCCAUUGCCUUAGACGACGCCGUUUUGGUUGAGGAAAGAGAGCAGGAGAAGAAGAUGGGAGUUGUUGAUCCUGAAGAGGAUGAGAAUGGGGAUGAGCAAAACGGUAAUUGGGUGUUGAAGAUCCUUCAUGUGAAGUCUCUCUGGAGAGAGAAGGGGAAGGGAGGGAUUGAAGAAUUGGAGGAAGAAGAAGAGGAAAAAAAAGGCAGGGUGAAUGAUCAGAGCUGUGAAUGUUCUGGUGGCGGCGAUGAUGAUGAAGAAUGUGAUUUGUGUAGAGUUGAUGAUGAGAAGAUCGAAUUCGAUAGAGAUUCGUUUUCGAAGCUGCUUCGGAGGGUGUCAUUGGCGGAAGCAAGGGUUUAUGCUCAAAUGUCGUAUUUGGGGAACCUGGCUUAUUGCAUACCCCAAAUCAAGCCAGGAAAUCUCCUGAAAUAUCACGGACUACGUUUUGUGACUUCAUCAUUGGAGAAGAAAGAAUUGGCCAAGGAAGCAGAGAAAGAGAAGCCUACAGCUGAAGUUCAAGAAGCAGAAGAAACCUCAAAGGAGCAUAAGAAAGUCGAAGAACAGAAGAUUAAUGGGAAUCAAAUAAGUGCAUCUGCUGCUUAUCGAAUUGUUGCAUCUGCUGCUUCUUAUCUGCAUUCUCAUACAAUGAGCAUUAUUCCUUUUAAAUCCUCAAAAGCUGAUGCAAGUGAAGAUUCAUCUGAAGGAAGCAGUGGAAUCAAUCACAAUAUCAAUAUAAUGAAUGACGAGGUGGCCUCUUUCAUGGCAACCACCGACUCUGUGACAACUGUGGUGGCUGCAAAGGAGGAAGUGAAGCAGGCUAUUGCAGAUGAUUUGAACUCGACACAAUCAUCGCCAUGUGAGUGGUUCGUAUGUGAUGACGAUCAGAGUGGAACAAGAUUCUUUGUCAUUCAGGGGUCAGAAACACUAGCUUCAUGGCAAGCCAAUCUACUCUUUGAGCCCUUUCAGUUCGAGGGACUGGAUGUGUUUGUGCAUAGAGGUAUAUAUGAAGCUGCAAAAGGGAUCUAUGAACAGAUGUUGCCCGAAAUCCAUGCCCACCUAAAAUCUCGUGGUGAUAGUGCCACUUUCCGUUUCACUGGGCACUCUCUAGGGGGAAGCUUGUCAGUGCUCAUAAAUUUAAUGUUGUUGAUAAGAGGAGAAGUCCCACUUUCUUCCUUACUUCCUGUUAUAAUGUUUGGGUCACCAUCAAUUAUGUGCGGAGGGGACCGAUUGCUUAGGGAGCUUGGAUUGCCUCGUAGUCAUGUUCAGGCAAUCACCAUGCACCGAGACAUUGUCCCCCGGGCCUUUUCCUGCAAUUAUCCUAAUCAUGUAGCAGAGCUCCUUAAGGCUGUGAACAGAAAUUUUCGAAACCAUCCAUGUCUUGAGAAACAGAAGUUGCUGUAUGCUCCAAUGGGGGAGUUUCUGAUUCUACAGCCAGAAGAUAAUUUUUCACCAAACCAUAAUCUCCUUCCUUCAGGCAGUGGCCUAUAUGUAUUAAGCUGUCCAGUGGCGGAUGCCAUCGAGGCAGAGAAGCGGAUCCGGGCUGCUCAGUCAGUGUUUUUAAACUCGCCGCAUCCGCUUGAAAUUUUAAGCGAGCGGUCUGCAUAUGGCUCGGAUGGAACCAUUCAAAGAGAUCACGACAUGAAUUCUUACCGAAAAUCCAUUCGGAGCGUAAUCCGGCAAGAGCUCAGCCGUAUGAGGAAGGCUAAGAGAGAGCACCGGCGCAAAGUUUGGUGGCCCCUUGUGGCACCAAGUGGCAUCAAUGCGGGUAUCUUUGUGGGAAGACACAUGGCAUCAGUUAAGUUGGGCCAAAACCAGUUAAACUUUUCUGGCGCCUUACAAACUGGUAGGGAGUCUUUGAAACGGUUUGGUAGGAUUAUUGCAUCACAGCACAUGCAUUUGCUUCUUGUGCUGUUGUUCCCUGCACGAUUGAUAUUGGUAGGGGCAUACAGUGUGAUCGGUUUCCGUUGACUACAACUAGUCAAUCUGGAUGGCCAUUUCACAGUUGGUGGACAUGGCUUGCAGAAUACUACUGGUUAGAUUAUUCUUUAUCCGUUGGUUACAGAAGGAAUUAAUCUACAUUUGUUGUUAUCUGUAGAUGGGAAAAUCUUAAAAGUGAUUGUGGAGAGAAAAGGUAGGAAAAAAAAAAAAAAAAAAAAACCAUUUGAAUAUCAUUGAAUACAAAAAUUAAUUGAAUUCCAAAUGAUUAGGUUGUAGUGGAACCAUGUUUUUUUCUCUCAAUAUUUACAUGCAUAUAUAUAUAUAUAUUGAUAGUCGAUGUUUGGACAUGGAGGAAAUUAUGGUUUGCUGUGCGCUAGUUUUAC